CGCGGGGCCGGGCGAGGCGCGGCGGCGGCGGCACCAUGAGGGUUAACUUGGGCGCGCUCUCCCUCUUCGUGGCCCUGGUGGGACUUUUGAGCUUCAUCUUCCUCGUGGUGGCCAUCGCCACCGACUUCUGGUACAUCAUCGAUGCCUCCAAGCUGGAGGCGUCCCGGAACGGCACGGACGCGCUCAGCUCGCACUCGGGGCUCUGGCGGACCUGCCGCGUGAGGAGUGAAUGUUACCCUUUGAUAAACCCCUUCUGGCACGAGAAUGCGAACAUCACCGAUUCACACAGACAGCUUUUGUACAUGCACGGAACAUUUGUCAUCCUGAUGCCCCUCAGCCUGAUAUUGAUGAUUUUUGGAGGAAUGACUGGAUUCAUCAGUAUUCUUGCCAGGGCCUACCUACUGCUCCUAAUGACGGGACUGCUUUUCCUUUUUGGAGGUACUAAAUCCAACUCCUGGCCUAACUGUUUUAGAUACCAAGAGCUUGUAUCUGGGAAAGAUCACUUUGUUUCCCAGGGAAUAAAAGCAAGAAUUUGCUUUCAGAAUAAUGCUGGUGUUCAUUCACCUGGUGUCUGCUGGGGUCCUGGUUCUGGAACAGAGCUACUUAGGAAAGGCAAAUAUCCCUCCUUGGGGAGUGAGUCACCCUUGGAACAAUCUGUGUUUGCUGUGCCCAUUAACACAAAAGAUUCAAUAACUUCUCAGCAUGGUGCACAAAUCUUUACAGACAGGCUAAUGGGGUGAUGGAAAAGUGACCGUGGAAUUACUAAAUGAUAGGCUUGCACAGGUUUUGCAGCUGUGUGACAUUUUUAAAAAGGCAUUUGCAUUGAGUUCCUGAAAAGAGACUUUUUAGGCAUUCCUGGCUUAGCCUCACUGUUAGUUUUGAUCUAGAGUGGUGUCCCUAAAGUGUGGGUCACAAAAGGAAACCCCCACAAGUUAUUUUAUUUGGAGUGUAACAUUUCAAUUUGAAGCUAGUAAAAUGCUUUUACACUUUCUUUUAUAUUUUUCUUUCCUGCUGUAUCCAAACCCACUGUGUUUAGAAAGUUAUUUAUGAAUUAAAAAACCUAAAAACUUUCUGUCAAAGUGGGGAAACUGUGUUUAAAUCUGCAUCUUCUGUUCCAAACAGAUUUUCAGUGCUGUUUCACAAUGUAACUUAAAAUGGAAAUUUUGCCCGGCAGAAAAGGGGAUCCUCAGAAUUGGCUCUCAUCAACUGCUCAUACAGGUGUAUUUUUAAGAAGAAAAUGCUAAGAGAUUGCUGGAAGCAAAUGCUGCUGUCUCAAAGCCUUGACUGAGCUUUUUAGUCUGAAGUGCUCUAACACCAACCAACCACCCCCCAUUAUGAUUGUCUCCCAAAAAGAAGAGCAAAUUCUAAUUCCUCAGAAGAGCAGAAAGCUGCAUUCACUGAAAAGGCUGGUGGAAAACUGCUCCAAAUAGUCAGUGAGAGAUGAAAAGCUGUCAAGUGCCAAGCAUGAUUAUCCCACUGGGGAGUGCAGCAGGCGCCUUUCUAAGCUGUUUGGGGCUGCAAAGAGGGAAAGGAAACACAGAGGAUUGUCAGGAGAGGGCUUGAGGAGGUUCUGGGCAUGCAGCUGUGCAGUGUCCCAGGAGAACAUGAACAGACUGCAGGGUGGUCUUUGGCUGAGACCAGCCCCCCACCCUGCUCUGGCUGGGUGCACAGAACAGUUUUGCAGGACACUCAAAGUCACAAAGUUCAGUAUUAGUUAGGUAGCUCUGUCUCAGCAGAGAGAGAUAUUUGGA